AUGCCACCAGAGAUGUUCGACGAACUGCUAACAAGAGUGGGCCCGAGUAUCACCAAACAGAAUACAACCUACAGAGAUGCCCUCGAUUCUGGCCUGAAUCUUGCUCUCACCCUUCGACAUCUUGCGUCUGGGACCAAGUAUCGCUCAAUGUCCUAUGGAUGGAAAAUCCCUCACGAUACCAUAUCCCUGCUCAUCCCAGAAGUGUGCCAGGCCAUCAUCGAAGAGUACAAGGGUGAGAUGAUGAAGUGUCCCACCACUCCCGAUGAGUGGCGUGCCAUAUCUGACCAGUUCAUGGAGAAGUGGAACUUCCCCCAUACCUGUGGUGCACUCGAUGGAAAGCAUGUCAGCAGCAAAUGUCCUCCAAACAGUGGUUCUCUUUACUAUAACUACAAAAGAUUCUACUCCGUUGUCCUCAUGGCACUCGUGGAUGCUGAUUAUCGCUUCAUCUGGGUAGACAUUGGUGGUAUGGGAUCGGCAUCAGACGCUCAGAUCUACAAUGCUUCUGAGCUGAGAGAAUGUGUUGAAGAUCUUCUGAAGAUGGCAGUUUAG